AUGAGUGGACAAUCUGGGGCGGGACAUGUGGUCAGUGAUCCGUCGAACGGCAAGUGUGUCGCGCCUAUGUUACAAAAACGGACAUGGAUCCACCACCUGUUGUUGAAGAUCAACCCAGACGCGUCGGAUCUGGACCUUACCUGGGACUCAGAUUAUGAUGAGUGUGUAUACUACCAUGAAGGUAGUGAUUUGUACGCGGAAGAUGUCGACGUUCAGAUUGCGGUACUGUCUGAAGUGCCUGUUACGACGGAUAAUGUGCAGGUCGAAGAGAUUCAGCUAUGCAAUGGCCUGCCGCCGGCUGCCCGAGGUGUUGUGUGCAACUUCGAUGUCGGAGGAGUGAGACCUAUCACCCUGAAGUGUCGUAAGUUGCAGAUCCAGUUCAGGGAGAAGCUGGCGGGCUUGAUCUAG